CGCAGACUAAAAGAGUUGAAUGACAGGAUAUUGGCGGGGAAGCUACAUGAUUAUACGGGUGCGGAUCGAGAGGAAAAGCCCGCUGCUCCGCCGAAGCCGGAGUUAAAUUUGGGUGAUGUCUGGAAGACCCUCUCCCUUGACGACAUCCCAAAAUUCUACCAAAUGCCCUGCGCCCGCACCUCCCUCCUCUCCGGCAUCACCGCCAGCUUCGUCCUCUUCGGUCUCCAACUCUCCCUUCGACGUCCUAUCGGAAAAGCAUGUAACUGGGCUGUAGGCGGGUUCGCGGGUACGACCAUAGUCGUGUGGGAGGGUUGUAGGUUUCAGCGGGCACAGAGAAUUGGGGAUAUGAAAAGAAUUGUUAUGGAGAAUAAUCGGUUGCAGGUGAGGAGGACUGAGGUGCCGGAGGAUGGGAUACAAGGGGUUACGAGGGAGGAGUGGAAGAAGGAGCAGGAGACGUUGGCGAAGGUGGAGGGGGGAUUGCUGGCGGGGUUGGGGGAGAAGCCGGAGUAGUCAUUU